GUCAGUCGUUUAAAGUUGGCCCUGAACUUCCGUACGAGAACUUGGGCCUUCCGGAAUCGGCGAAACUUCCGAACGAUAGACGCCUGCGCCCCAACUCCCAUUCGAUAAUCCAUAACAAACAGAUGGAACCGAGACUUUCCCCAUUCCCCAUGAACCUACAUUGUUAUGACCUUCCUGGAGGGGACCUCCUUGUCCUAAACACCUCCAAGACCCCACCGUUAAUUCUCCCAGCUUGAAUCCAGAUGCUUCAGACUCCGACAUCGAAAAGGCCUAUCGUGGCAUGGCCCAGGUCAUUCAAACGGAGCAGUAAUAAAAUAAACCCUAAUACACUUUUAAUGUGAUGAUCUGCGACCGUCGAACGUGCUGGUUUCGGGGCCCGAUUUUACCCCUUACGGGUGUAAUUGACUGGGAGUACACUUAUGUGGCGCCUGCGCAGUUCACCUACACUGCCCCUGGUGGCUUCUCUUCGAGAGUCCCGAGGCAUGGGAGGCAGACUUCAAUCGGCUUCUACUCCGGUACACCCCCGUCUGCAACUCUUUCUCAAGGUAUUCCGGUCCUGCGAGUACGACAAAAUGCCAAAAGGAAAAAUUCCAGAGUCUCAACGACUAUUCCCUCGGAUGGCGCAGUCGAUGGAGAACGGGCUCUUUUGCGUCUGUCUGGCCGCCAGGAGGAGUUUCAUGUUUGAUGAUAUUUAAUGGACCUUUCUUGACGAAGGAUACUUUGGAAAUGGCUCUCUUCAGGAUACUUUCUCUAUAGUCGCCGGAUUCAUUGGAACAGCUGGACAAGCUGGUCUCAGUGCAGAUGCAGGAAGCCAAGGAAAAUCGCUUGGAUGAACAUCUGCAUUUUGACAAGCUGGUUGAUCUAUAAUCU